AUGAGACCAUCGACCAUGUGGCUGGGAGUCUAUCUCUUGGUCCCGUGCGUGCUAGCCCGCACUUCGAAAGCCAUACCGGGAUUAUCGUUCGCUGCCGAACCGGAGAGCGAUCUCAAUGAGCGAGGCAAUGUCAGUUUCGUAUGCGAGCCUCAGACAGACUAUGAGGGUCUCGUUGAAGUCGAAUGGUUCCGAAACGGAGUUCGGUUAGAACCGAAUUCCCCGAACGUGUUGAAGAUGGACCAGGAAGGAAAGCAGCACAUCUUGGAAAUCAGAGAGUCGGAGAAAGCGAGGUUUUAUUGUAUCAUCAGUCUCGAAGGUACACCUCUGAAGCUCAUCUCACAAACCGCUCUCUCCAUCCCGAUGACCAUCGAGGAAUAUCCCGGCUCGACGAAUGCCCGGCAUAUUCAAGUGCGCGAGGGCAGCACCGCGGUCAUUCCUUGCGGGCCCUUACCUCGGAGCGAGCCGAAGGCGAGAUCUGUAUUGAAGUUCAAGAAGAGAGAAAUACCCUUCGACCGACGUUUCAAGCAGAUGCCGUCAGGGGACAUAUUCAUCUACAAUGCCACACGAGAAGACGCCGGUGAUUACAUCUGUGUCGCGGAGAACCCCCUCACAGGGAAACGGAAAGAGGCGCCCUUCAAAGUGUAUCUGAUAGUUAGUCCGAGAGAACCGAAUGGAGAGCUCAGAACUAAUGCCACUCUCGUUCACGGACCUCCUGCUCGGAUCGAAGCCGUCGUGGGGAGCAACGUCACAAUGGAAUGCAUCGGAAACGGUUUCCCCAAGCCCACCGUCUCGUGGCAAAGGGUCGGCUCCUUCUUACGUCCAGGAUACUCGGAAGGGGAUGGAACGCUGACCCUCCAGAGCGUGACCUCAAAACACAGCGGUAUCUAUGAGUGCAGCGUGGAGAAUUUCGUCAGUGUCGUCACCCAGACGGAACUCGUAGUGCUGGAACCGCCUCGACUCAAGAUCCCCGAAAGGACGGUUUUCGAAGUGCUUGAGAACAUGCCGGUCACCAUCGAGUGCGAAGUGACUCGCGGCGAGCCGAAACCCAACGUCACGUGGUACUUCAACGGGGGACUGCUCACCACCACACCCGAGAAGAGAAUUUACGUUUCUCAAAGUGAGGUGCACAUCACCAAAGCGAGCAGGGAUCUCCACAUGGGUCAUUUUCAAUGUUUCGCGGAUAACUCCCUGGGAACGACGUACGUGCAGUACUUGGUUCGUAUUCUCACGAAUAAAGAGGAGCAACGCAUGACCGAGCCCCCGCCAACUCCGAAAGAAGUCGGAGUCCCGAGGAAAGAUCGUGUCAAGGUGAACAAUCCCGUCCCAUCACGACCGCACGUUAAACAGGACGACCAGGAUGCGGUCACGAUCGACUGGACGAUCUCGAAUGCGAGUCUUUCGGUGAAAUUCUUCAAAGUUCAAUAUAUCUGUGAAGUAGGCGAUUGGCAAACCGAAGACCCGGACAUCUCUCCGACGACCCGAUCGUACCGGGUAGGCGGACUCAAAAACCGCAAAUACCGAUUCCGGGUGAUCGCCGUAUACGAGAACAACAGUCAUGGAACCGGGAAAAGCAGCCGAUGGUUCCUACUCUCGCGCUCGAAAAAACCCAUGCCGAGUCCGCCGGCCCACGUACCGGACGACACCCCGAAAGAUAUUCCCGUGGUCACCGUCACUCCCGACUCUCCCAGCAGUCUGAGCGUGAGCUGGAAGAUGGCCGGGCCGGUACCGGAAGGUUUCCUUCUGAAAUAUCGCCGAACAGACAGCGCCGGCGAGUGGUUGAUGCAACGCAUCGGUAACGCCGAGCCCUGGACCUUCACCAUAUCUCAUCUCGCGGCCGCUCAACACUACGAGGUCAAGAUCGCAGCCCUGGGUCGACGGACCGAGGGCAAUUUCUCGAGUAUCGAGGUGGCGCGAACCCAGGAGUCCAACCAGAUACCGAACGGUGUCGACACGGCGGAUUUCGAUCCGACCUCACCGACUGAGUCCAAUGACAUCGGGCCGAACCGAACCGUUAUCCACAAACAGCACAGGCUUCUGAUAAUGGUCACAGCUGUCCUUCUCGUGAUCGGUCUCUCGGCGAGUAUUUGUCUCAUUCAUCAGAUUUGUCGAGUCGCGACCAGUGAACGACCGAGGAAACCCAAUGAGAGACUCCGCAGACAGCGUGAAGCCGCGGCCUACGUGAACGACGCCAACUCGAAUUUCACUCCCUCGAUAUCGACAGUCGACCUCCAGCACGCCGAGCCCGACCCGAACAGCGAAGCGAACAGCAGUCACGCCAGUGACAGCGAAGAGUCCACUGGCCCCGAGUCAUUGCAGAGCACGUCUCACGAAAGAGUGCCGCGAUCUGAGAAAGAAUACGCUCUGAAGAUACUCACGUCGCUCUACACGACGAACGGGCACAUUGUGAAUAUAAAUAGCAACUUCAAUACGAAAACGACUUGUGUUCAAAGCGUCUGA